AUGAAGUUCCAAAUCGAGGACGUGACCGUCUACUUCCCUUACGAUAACAUUUACCCGGAGCAGUACUCAUAUAUGAUCGAAUUAAAACGUGCCCUGGACGCCAAGGGCCACUGCCUCCUGGAAAUGCCAACAGGAACUGGAAAGACCAUAGCGCUUCUAUCUUUGAUCACCAGCUACUCUCUCUCCAAGCCCCAGAGCCAAGUGAAGCUAAUCUACUGCACGCGAACUGUGCACGAGAUGGAGAAAACCCUUGCCGAGCUCAAACUGUUGCACAAUUACCAAAUCAAGCAUUUGGGACCUGCCGCGAGAAUUUUGGCUAUUGGAUUGUCCUCCAGGAAGAAUCUCUGCGUGAAUCCGACGGUUUUGGCCGCGGAGAAUCGGGAUUCAGUGGAUGCCGCUUGUAGGAAGUUGACGGCGAGCUGGGUUAGGGCUAUGGCCGCAGAGAAUCCUAAUGUACCGACUUGUGAGUUUUUUGAAAACUAUGAAAGGGCGGCGUCCGCAGCAGUAUUGCCACCGGGAGUUUACACGCUUCAGGAUCUGAGAGCAUAUGGGAAGGAGACAGGGUGGUGUCCAUACUUCUUAGCACGGCAUAUGGUGCAAUUUGCAAAUGUGGUGGUUUAUAGUUACCAAUACCUGCUUGAUCCCAAGGUAGCUGGAAUUAUAUCUAAGGAAAUGCAAAAGGAGUCUGUAGUGGUGUUCGAUGAGGCACAUAAUAUUGAUAAUGUGUGUAUUGAAGCACUUAGUGUUAGUGUGAGAACCAAGACACUUGAUGGAGCUUCCAGAAAUCUGUCAAGGAUAACUCAGGAGAUUGAGAGGUUCAAGGCCACCGAUGCUGGUAGAUUGCGUGCUGAAUACAACCGGCUUGUUGAGGGUUUGGCACAUCGAGGAAACCUAGGUGCCACAGAUACCUGGCUUGCAAACCCUGCCUUACCUGAUGACAUUCUGAAGGAGGCAGUUCCUGGCAAUAUUCGUCGAGCGGAGCAUUUUCUGCAUGUCUUGCGAAGAUUAGUUCAAUACCUAAGAGGACGUUUGGAUACGGAGAACGUUGAGAAGGAAAGUCCUAUUAACUUUGUCGCCUCUUUAAAUACCCAUGCAGGAAUUGACCAGAAAACAUUGAAGUUCUGCUAUGAUCGCCUACACUCACUUAUGCUGACACUGGAAAUAACGGACACAGAUGAGUUCUUACAUAUCCAAACAAUAUGCGACUUUGCAACGCUUGUGGGAACAUAUAGUCGUGGAUUUUCCAUCAUAAUUGAACCUUUUGAUGAGAGAAUGCCACAUAUUCCUGACCCUGUAUUGCAGCUUAGCUGCCAUGACGCAUCUCUUGCCAUAAAGCCAGUAUUUGAUAGGUUCCAGUCAGUUGUGAUUACUUCUGGAACUCUGAGCCCAAUUGACCUCUACCCUCGUCUUCUUAACUUCCAUCCUGUUGUCAGUCGAAGCUUUACAAUGUCGUUGACAAGAGAUUGCAUAUGCCCUAUGGUUCUUACUCGUGGAAGUGACCAACUUCCAGUAAGUACCAAAUUUGAUAUGAGAAGUGAUCCGGGUGUUGCAAGAAACUAUGGGAAGCUGUUGGUGGAGAUGGUAUCUGUUGUUCCAGAUGGAAUUGUAUGCUUUUUUGUCAGUUACUCUUACAUGGAUGGAAUUAUCAACAGCUGGAAUGAAACUGGAGUUCUUAAGGAUAUAAUGCAACAUAAACUUGUCUUUAUUGAGACGCAAGAUGUGGUAGAAACUACGUUGGCUCUUGACAACUAUCGCAGGGCUUGUGAUUGUGGGAGAGGUGCAGUGUUUUUCUCUGUUGCCAGGGGAAAGGUAGCUGAAGGAAUAGACUUUGAUCGACACUAUGGUAGACUAGUGAUCAUGUUUGGUAUUCCUUUCCAGUACACCUUAAGCAAGAUAUUAAUUGCACGGUUGGAGUAUCUGCGGGACACAUUUCAAAUAAAGGAGGGUGAUUUCCUAACAUUUGAUGCCUUGAGACAAGCUGCUCAAUGUGUGGGACGAGUGAUCAGGUCAAAGGCUGAUUAUGGAAUGAUGAUAUUUGCUGAUAAAAGAUAUAGCCGUCAUGACAAGCGGUCAAAAUUGCCUGGUUGGAUACUGUCGCAUUUGCGUGAUGCAAACUUGAAUUUGAGCACCGACAUGGCUUUGCAUAUUGCACGCGAGUUUCUCCGAAAGAUGGCUCAACCCUAUGAUAAAACGGGCAGCGGUGGUAGGAAAACCCUGUUGUCACAAGAAGACCUCGAGAAGAUGGCUGAAAAUGGAGUACAGGAGAUGUUGUACUAAGGAUGUAUUCUGACACAUUUUCAUUUAGAUGUUUGGUCCGCUUUUCAUUCCAUCUUCUUGGAGCACGAAGAGUUGGUUUUAGCAGUGGCUGUUGACGUUAUGAGAUGUUUUGUUGGACA